UAGUUUUAAAUGACUUUAUUGUUUUUCGAAGUAUUUUCCACGAAGCAAUUUAUUCCUCUCGUUUGCUGGCAGAUCCAAAACGGCAUUUUUGAAUGCGUCAACUGCUUCUUCUGGUGACUGGAAACUUUGACCAGGCCGUCUGUUUUUAAUUUUCGGGUAAGUAAAGAAAUCGUUAUGACUUAGAUCGGGACUAUAUGGAGGAUGGUCCAAUAAUUCCACGUUUU